GGAAAUGGACUGCCUUCAAGUCGAUCCUGACUUAUGGCUACCCUGUGAAUAGGGUUUUCAUGAGACGCAUGGCCAGAAUAAUGCCUUUGCUGUGGAGUAAUGCCUCUGCUCUGCCCCUGUUGAGUAGCUCCAGGCUAUCAGGAUCUGUUGGGUGGGUUGCAUCAUAGUGAAACACGGUGUGGCUAAUAAGAAGAGACUUUUGGGGCUAGACUGGAAAACAGACAAAACAGGCUGAAAUUAGGUAGGAUGAAACUCUGGAUUCUUCUGCUGGCUGUUUCAGUCAGCACCGAAGAAAUACAAAGACAGAGCGGUUGCAUGGAAAGGUUUCCUGGGAUCCCUGGGAACCCUGGACACAAUGGCAUACCGGGACGUGAUGGACGUGAUGGACCAAAGGGAGAAAAAGGAGACACAGGUGAACCAGGAAAUCCCGGAAAACCAGGCACAGAUGGCAUACAUGGAGAAAAGGGAGAAUUGGGAGCUGAUGGCAGAGUUGAAGAGAAAGGGAACAAAGGCAAUAAAGGGGCAAGAGGCUGGCCUGGGAAAUUUGGGCCGAAGGGAAUCCCUGGACCUGUGGGCGAGAAAGGUCAAAAGGGCGAAGUGGGACUACAAGGACAAAAGGGGAUAAAAGGUGACCUUGGCCCCAUUGGCCCACAAGGACUUAAAGGUGAAAUUGGAGUCCAAGGCGAAAUAGGCUUAAGGGGUCCCAUUGGACCAAUGGGCCCUGUUGGCCCAAAAGGAGAGAUGGGAGGCCCAGGACCAAAGGGCAGUAAAGGAACCCAGGGAGAAAAGGGAUGGAAGGGAGACAGGGGAGAAAAGGGACAGCUUGGCAGUACCCAAGUGAUGCCAAGAAGUGCCUUCAGUGUAGGUCUUACCACUAAGUUUCCUCCUUUGAAUGUUCCCAUCAGAUUUGACAAAGUGAUGUAUAACGGCUUAAACCAUUUUGAUACAGCCACUGGGGUAUUCACCUGUCAGAUCGCUGGUGUCUAUUAUUUCACCUACCACAUCACUGUUUAUUCAAGGAAUGUCAGGGUGGCUCUGGUUAAAAAUGGGAGCAGGAUGCUCCACACUGCAGACAGUUACCAGAGUGGUGAAGACCAGGCCUCAGGGGGGACCAUCUUGGAGCUUCAGAAAGGCGAUCAGUUAUGGUUGCAGACUUAUGGAAGUCCGACUUCUAAUGGCUUGUACGCAGACCCAGAUGAUGACACAAUAUUCACUGGCUUCCUUUUAUUUAGUACCUCAGAGGCAUCAGCACCUAUACUACUCUCUAGCAUGUGAGCCAUUGUUUUUAAUGUGUUGCCAACUGUAUAUACCAUUGCUUAUUCUCACAUCAAGGUUAGCAUGGAAACAAAGGCAUAUUAACAACUUCUUGCCAAUCAUAGUGAUUGAUGCUAAACAAUGGGUUGCUCCUACUCAGAGCAGACCCACUGAAAUUCAUGAAUUUUAGUCCAUUGAAAUUAAUGAACUUAAGGUUGUCAUGUCUAUUAACUUCACUGGGUCUACCGUGAGUAGGACUAACACUGAAUACCACCCACUAUGUGCACCUUUGAUUAUGUUGUUCUGCUAUUUUCAAAAAUAAAUCUGAAAUCUAGACCAGCUGGCUGUAAUAUCACCAAAAUUUAUACAAAAUUCUGCCUGUAUUUCCUAUGUAACCCUCAGAAUCACAAAGGUGGAGAAUUAUCUUAACCUGGAUCUUGGAUAAGUGGAUGUUGCGGUGUUUCUUAUUAUUGUUAUUGUGAAGACUAAGCUUCCAUGUUCUUUGCCAGAAGACCUCUAAACUGAACUAAUUUGCACAGCCCGCUUUUGUAUGUCCAUGCCUGGGUAUUACCGAAUACAGCAAAAUUUGUUGAGUUUUUUCUGCUAGAUAUCAAAUCAGGACCUGAAGAACUUAGGUUUAUCCUGUUCCUGUCCUCUGUCCUCCCAGUGAAUUAAAAGCAAGGGAUUGCUAUCAAAGUUUUACUCUAAUGACAUCUCAGCUCAACAUAUUGUCAUCCAAAAGCUGAGGGACCUAUUCAUUGUAAUGUUUGAGUCAGUUUUAAUAUCUAUUAUUUUGUGACGUACUCUAUGAAAAAAGUGAUGAAAAAUCUUAAUUUUUAUUGUUUACUGCUCAACAAACAAGAAAACAGCAUUUGGGAAGGUUGGGACACAGGAAGCAUCACACAUUAUAAGGCACUUGUACCCUUGUGUCUAAUAGCUGUUAGUGUCUAAAGUGUCUGAAAAACUGCAAGACAUUACAACUGACAAGGAAAUGUCUAAUGCCAAUGUACAUACGGGAGAUGUAAGAAUAAGAUAAAGAUAAAACUAGAUUAAUUUUAUUCAGCAGAAAUGCCUGUGAUCUUGAGCUUUGUGUUUGAACAUAUCUUAGGACAGUGUAUAAAAGAAAAAAUAAAAUGGAUUCGUGUAGUACAAUUUAAGGACCAUUCCUAUGUUCGCCCAGAGGCUGGCUGAAUAGAAGCGCCAUAGCUCAGUGGCAGAGCAUCUGCUUUGCAUGCAGAAGGUACCGGGUUCAAUCCCUGAUGUCUCCAAGUAGGGCUGGGAAAGAUCCUUGUCCAAGGUUCAGGGGAGAUGCUGCCAGUCAGUGUAGACAAUACUGAGCUAGAUGUACCAACAGUCUCACACUGUAUAAGGCAGCUUCCUAUGUUCCUGUGCCAAGAAAGGCCUCAAGAAACAACAUGAGUGCUACUCUGCUAGCACAGAGG